CCACCAUGCGGGAGGUGCGGCGGGGCUGGCCCGGGGGCGGCGCCGGCGGGGGCUGCUACGGCUACCUGGGUCUCUGCUUUCUGUUGCUGGGAAGGGGCGGCGCGGACCUGUGCCUGGGUCCCGCGUGCGACGGCGGCGGGGCGGACCCCGAGCCUCCGCAGCCCAAAGCCCCUUGCCUGCAGCCGGGGAGUGCCCGCUGUGCGGGAAGAGCCGGGCGGCCGUCGCGCUCCUUCCUGCACGGCGCUUCUGCAGGCCGCAGCCAAACCCAGGUCAAGCAGCCGGUGCAGCCGGCCCCGGCCCUUGGCUCCUCUUCCGUCUCCUCCAUCCAGCCCCGGGUCGCCGCCGCGGACCCCAAGCCGCAGCCGCCACUGGAACGAGUUGCCGCCAGGAGCGCCCUGGAGCUGCCGUCCCCAUGCGCUCCCGGAGCUGACUGUGCCGCAGCAGCCGUCGGGGCUCCAAACGCCACGGCUCCCGGCUUCAGGGAUUGUAAGGGCCUCGAGUGCCGGCUGCCUCCCCUGAGGCUGGCGCGUCAGAAGCACAGAGCUGGCAGCCGGAGCCCUGCCUUCCAGCAGCAGGGAGAAGGCUGCGCGGGGGCCAAACCGGGGCCAGGACCCGGACCAGGAGAGCCCAGCCUGGUGCGGGCCACCGAGCGAGCCGCUCAGUUCAUUGGGGAGGUGACCCCAGAGCUGGCCCAUCCUGCCCCUGACCUGGGGGGCGCAGGGCUUGGCGUGCAACUCACCUGCGACAUCAGGCCAGGAGAAAAUGAAGUUCCUUCUGAAGAUGCUCUUAUCCUGCAACUACAGCUUGCUAAAGGACAAGAAAAAUUUGUUGAGAUGUUAAAAAGCCAGCAGAAAGUAAUUGCUGAUUUGCAGCACAAACUCACCGAGCAACAGAACAUGCUGAUUAGCCAGCAAACAGAAAUCCUAGAACAGCAGAAGAAAAUGUAUGAGCAAAUGAAUCUUAUUAAGGUCCAAUACAGCAUGCUUUUUGACACAGUGAAACAAAUGUCAUUCCAGAAUUUGCAGGGGGACAUCCAGCAUUACUUUCAAACUCAUCUUCAAGGACUUCAAAACCAAGUCAGAAAUCAUCUGCAGAAGUCAUACUCUGUGCAUAAAGUUGAAGUUGAUGCAAAAAUGAUUGAUGUUGGAGAAACUUCACUGGACUGUGGCCUUUGUGAAAGUGAUGAAUUUUGCAAUUUCCAGAAGACACCUUCUCAGUGUGAAAAAUGCACUCUUUGCCCUGCUGGUUUUUUCCAAAUGUCUGAAUGUUCUGCAAACACUGACCGGAUUUGUCAGGACAGAGAUGAAUGCAUUGAAUCUCCAAAUAUUUGUGGUGAAAGAAUAAAAUGUCUGAAUACUCCAGGUGGCUUCCGAUGUCUGGGCGUUGCGGAGAAGGAUGCCGCUCUAGGGUUGUGCGGUGAUGGCUAUUUCUUCCAUAGGGAAAUGCAGGAAUGUCAGGCUUGUUGGGAGUGUGAAGAGGGAAUGGUGGCCGUCCCCUGCUCUGCGGUCAGUGACACCGUCUGCUCGGCAGCCAGCGAACCCCAGCUCACCAAGUCUUGGGCCGCCGACCUCCAGCUGCCCUUGGCAAAAUCUGCCUCUGUUCAGGUCUAUCCUGGCUUAAACCUUAAGUUAAAAGGGAAGACGCAGUUCGAUAUUGCCUUCACUGAGGACAGCAAGCUCGUCUUCAGGCAGCACGGGCUACUCUGGGUCGACCUCAACUUUGCCGUGAAACACAACUGUAGGAACUUCCUCCAGCUCUCCAUCAGGUCAAACAGCAGCGAGGAAGGGUCUGAGCUCAGUGGCGUCCGCAUGGAGCAGCCCGAAGGAAAGUACUUCCAGAGCGCCAGCCUGAGCAGCGCUGCGGAAGUGGAGCCCAGCCAGACCCUGGCUGUGUUCUUGAAGAGUCCGAAUCAGUUCUGCAACCAAAGCAAAGACUUCAAUGUGUAUGAUCUCAUCACGCCGUUCAGCUUGUUCUGGUUGUCCCAUGACACGGGGGCGGUGGCCAUGAGUGCCCAGAUGUCCACAGCGAUGCAUUACCAGACCAACUACCGUCCUACAUUUAAAAUUAAUUCUGUUUCUGACCCGUACAUGAUAAGUUUAUCUCAUGACGGGAGGGGGAUAAGGUUCACCGAAGCUGGCGUCAUUAAGUUUGUUUUCCACCAGGCUCUGUACUCCAUGGGCCACACAUGUGUCCGAGAAGGCUUUUCCUUGAUUUCCUACAUCGGCAGGAAUGGCACCAACGUAGAAUUGAUGAACACGUUCAAAUCUGGAGUGAAUUAUCGAGACACUUCUCUGUCUGCUUCUGGGGCAACCAGAGUCCAGGCCGGAGAUCAGAUUAACUUUGAGAUUUUCUCACCCGCUCAAUGUAGUGUUCGCUACUUUGGGGACAACUUGGGCGUGAGUACGUUCAGCCUCAUCUGGAUCCCAUCUGCCGUUUCCACUGCUCUUUCGGCCACCGUUUCGUCUACAGGCCUGCCUACCGGAGCUGUCAGGAACAAAUUUUUGGAUUUCAGACUUGUCACAUCCAAUGAGAAACAGAUACAGCUGGUUUCUUCCGGACAGUUUGCUCAGAGAUAUUUCAUAUUUACAGAGAAGGGAGUUGCCAGUGUCGCUUUUAACCUGAAGUUGAUCCAUUCGUGUAAUGUGAUCAAGGUUACCUUAAAUCAGUUGAUUCAGGAUCAGACACAUCCGGCAGCAAUCGCUCAGCAAAUUGGGGGUCAGAUGCCAGAGGGAAGCAUAUGGACCAGUGUGAGCCUCUGCUCUUCUUUUGAAGUUCACAACGGUACAAUGAUCUCCAUUUCUCUUGACUGUGUUCGUGGAAGGAUCAAUCAAAUUGCCCAUGAACGUGGAACAGGAAUAUCAAUUUUAUGGAUCUCUUCUUAACUUUUUUUUAGGGGAUAAGAAAAACUGAUGGGUAGCUUUAAAGGUACUCUGUGGACAUUAUACACUAUUAAAUAGUUUGUGAAAAUGCACAAGGUUUUAUAGAAAUAUCCUUACUUCAAGCUGUUAGAGUAUAUAUACAAAGAAAAGACUUUCUUUAAAAACAAUCACCAACUUGCACUGCUAACAUUUUCCCCUUCUAAGAAAUGGAAUUAUAGAUCCUUGGAUUCAAUUUGGGUUCUAGGUUUUGAUAGCAUAGUCAUAUUAAAUACAGGACUUGUGUAAACGCCAUGAGAAAAUUGUGAAUAAAAACAAUUUGACACAGAAAUUCAGUACAUGUUAGUUCAGUCCCACCAACUCUGAAAUUGAGUAUGCUCAACCAAGGUGAAACUCACAUGCUAAUUAUUCCACUAGUUAAGUAUUUAGUUGACAAUGUCAGGUUUAAAAAAUUCUUUUUCAAAUGUCAAAUUAAAAGGAUGAAGUUCAAUUUAUAAAUGCAAAUGAA